AUGGCGCCCCCGCUCCAGGCGCCGGACUACAGGUACGUCACCGAGGAGUGCCUCCGCGAAUGGAAGGGCCAGUCCGCCGCCGCCUUCCGCCUCCCGGAUCCGGUCCCCAGGGCCCGCUUCCUCUACGAGCUCUGCUGGGCGAUGGUGCGGGGGGACCUGCCGCCGCAGAAGUGCCGGGCGGCGCUGGAUUCGGUGGUGUUCGUGGAGGAGGCGCGGCAGGAGGAGUCCGGCUCCGUGCUUGCCGACAUCGUCGCGCACCUAGGGCAGGAUAUUACCAUUUCUGGUGAAUAUCGCAGCCGUCUUGUCAAAAUGACUAAGUCACUCGUGGAGUCUUCAUUGAUUGUGCCUAGGCUUCUUCAAGAGCGAUGUGACGAAGAGUUCCUAUGGGAGGUUGAACUGAGUAAGUCAAAAGGCCAGGAUUUAAAAGCCAAGGAGGUCAGAGUCAACACACGACUUCUUUAUCAGCAAACUAAAUUCAACCUUGUAAGAGAGGAAAGUGAGGGCUAUGCCAAGUUGGUAACCCUACUUUGUCAAGUAGGUUCAGAUUUGGCUUGCCAAAAUACUUCUUCAGCAACUAUCAGCAUUGUAAAGUCAUUAAUUGGACAUUUUGACCUGGACCCGAAUCGUGUAUUUGACAUUGUGUUGGAAUGUUUUGAACUCUAUCCAGACAACAGUAUCUUUUAUCAGCUUAUACCUCUUUUUCCAAAGUCCCAUGCUGCUCAAAUUUUGGGGUUUAAAUUUCAAUAUUAUCAACAAUUGGAUGUAAACAGCCCUGUUCCAUCUGGUCUUUUCCGAAUAGCAGCGCUGUUGGUCAAAUCUGGCCUUAUUGACCUUGAUAAUCUCUACGCUCAUUUACUUCCGAAUGAUGAUGAGGCGUUUGAGCAUUUUGGCUCCUUUGUUUCAAGGAAAAUUGAUGAGGCUACUAAAAUAGGCAAAAUAAAUCUUGCUGCUACUGGAAAGGACCUUAUGGAUGAAGAGAAGCAAGAAAUAACGAUCGAUUUAUACACAGCACUGGAGAUGGAAAAUGAUAUAAUUGAUGAACGAGCCCCUGAGAUAGAAAAGAACCAGAAGCUUGGACUUCUUCUUGGUUUCCUCUCAGUCCAUGAUUGGGACCAUGCACAGCUACUAUUUGAACGUCUUGCGCAGCUAAAUCCUGUCGAGCACGUUGAAAUUUGUGAUGCUUUAUUUAGAAUUGUUGAGAAGACUAUUUCGUCAGCCUACAGUACAUAUUGUCAAACACAUCAUAAAAUCACCCGUAACAUCAACACUCAUAUGUUGGAUGCAUCAUCUGUCUCUUCACCAAGUUAUUUGGUUGAUCUGCCAAAGGAGUUUUUCCAAAUGCUUGCCGCUUGUGGACCAUACCUUCACCGUGACACACAAUUAUUCCAGAAGGUUUGCAGAGUGUUAAAGGUGUAUCAUGCCUCGUCAAAAGAAUCAGCCCGUACAGCAGGUGUAAUGUCUCCAGAAUCUCAGGUUGAAGAAGCACUUGGGUCAUGCUUGCUUCCUUCACUGCAGCUUAUACCUGCCAAUCCUGCUGUUGAUAUGGAGAUGUGGGGAGUUCUUUCCCUUCUUCCUUAUGAGGUGCGCUAUCGUUUGUAUGGUGAGUGGGAGAAGGACACUGAACAAAACCCAAUUGUCCUUGCUGCAAGGCAAACAGCAAAGCUGGACACCAGACGGCUCUUAAAACGGCUGGCCAAGGAAAAUCUGAAGCAGCUUGGCCGCAUGGUGGCUAAACUUGCUCAUGCAAAUCCAAUGACUGUGCUUCGGACAAUUGUCCAACAGGUUGAAGCAUACAGGGACAUGAUAAAUCCAGUUGUGGAUGCUUUUAAAUACUUGACUCAGCUGGAAUAUGAUAUUUUGCAAUAUAUUGUAAUCGAACGGUUGGCUCAAGGUGGUCGUGAGAAAGUAAAGGAUGACGGCCUUAACCUGUCAGACUGGCUUCAGUGUCUGGCAUCAUUCUGGGGACACCUCUGCAAGAAGCAUCAUUCCAUGGAGCUUAAAUGCCUCUUCCAAUACAUAGUUAAUCAACUGAAGAAAGGAUUGGGUACUGAGCUUGUUGUACUUGAGGAACUCAUUCAGCAAAUGGCAAAUGUACAGUACACUGAGAACAUGACUGAUGAACAGGUUGAUGCUAUGGCAGGAAGUGAAACGUUGCGGCUUCAAUCUUCGCUGUUUGGAUCAACACGGAACUAUAAGGUCCUGAAUAAGUCUAUUAACAAAUUGCGGGAUUCUUUGCUUCCAAAAGAUGAACCCAAACUUGCAAUUCCUCUACUACUGCUCAUUGCCCAACACAGAUCCAAGAUUAUAAUAAAUGCAGAUGCCACAUAUAUCAAAAUGGUUAGCGAGCAGUUCGAUAGAUGCCAUGGAAUACUACUUCAGUAUGCCGAGUUUCUUUCAAGUGCCAUAGCUCCAUCAACCUAUGUUCAACUAAUACCUCCGCUGGAAGAUCUGGUUUAUAAAUAUCAUAUCGAGCCAGACGUUGCUUUUCUUAUAUACCGGCCUGUAAUGAGGCUUUUCAGAAGCGCUAACGGUGGCGAGGCCUGUUGGCCUCUGGAUGACAAUGAAGGGGAGUCUGUAUCAUAUGAUGAAAUGAUCUUGCAUGGCGAUUCAUCUCAGAAGUCAAUCAUGUGGUCAGAUCUUCUCAACACAAUCCGAACAAUUUUGCCAGCAAAAGCGUGGAACGGUCUUUCACCUGAAUUGUAUGCUACUUUCUGGGGUUUAACACUGUAUGAUCUUCAUUUUCCAAAAGAUCGUUAUGAUGCAGAAAUCAAGAAGCUGCAUGAAAAUCUCAAACAACUUGAAGAUAGCUCAGAUAACUCUAGCAUUGCAAUAUCACGGCAUAAGAAGGACAAGGAGAGAAUCCAAGAUUUGCUGGACAAAUUGAACAAUGAAUCUGACAAGCAUCAACAGCACGUUAUAUCAGUGCUCCAAAGGCUAACCCGUGAAAAGGAUAAAUGGCUGAGUUCCAGUCCGGACGCACUGAAGAUCAACAUGGAAUUUCUCCAGCGGUGCAUAUAUCCACGCUGUGUUCUUAGCAUGCAGGAUGCUGUGUAUUGUGCUACAUUCGUCCAGAUGAUGCAUUCACUUGGGACUCCAUUUUUCAACACGGUGAAUCAUAUAGAUGUUUUCAUCUGCAAGACACUACAGCCAAUGAUCUGUUGUUGUACCGAAUAUGAGGCUGGCAGGCUUGGAAGGUUUCUUCAUGAGACCCUGAAGAUGGCUUACCAUUGGAAGAGUGACGAAUCAGUAUAUGAGCGUGAAUGUGGAAAUAAGCCGGGAUUCGCUGUAUACUUCAGAUUUCCAAAUAGUCAACGCGUAUCUUAUCCUCAGUUCGUUAAAGUUCAUUGGAAAUGGAGUGGAAGAAUUACCAAGGUGCUUAAUCAAUGUAUGGAAUCAAAAGAAUACAUGGAAAUCAGAAACGCCCUUAUUGUUCUCACAAAGAUAACUAGUAUUUUUCCUGUGAUGCGAAAAAGCGGUAUCAACAUUGAGAAAAGGGUUGCGAAGCUAAAGGGGGAUGAGAGAGAAGAUCUGAAAGUACUGGCCACUGGUGUAGCUGCUGCUCUGGCAGCUCGGAAGAGUUCAUGGGUAUCUGAAGAAGAGUUUGGCAUGGGUCACCUUGAUCUGAAGCCAGUGCCUGCAAUACCUAUUGCUGGAAAUCAGUAUGCAGAUCCCUCGACAGCAAAAGAUCACAGCGUUCGUGCAAAAUCUGUAGAGGGUAGGCAUGAAAGGUCAGAAAAUGCAAUGAAGCCUGAUGCCCAUAAGAAGAAUGCCUCGACUACAAACGGAUCUGAUAUUCAAAUACCAUCUUCCUCUGCACAAGGAAAAGGUUCAGGGGUUGCACGUGGUGUGGAUGAACCUCUGAAACUUUUGUCCGAUGAUGGAGUUAAAGUCUUGAAGCCUACUGCAGAACCUGAGACAAGAGCGGCACAAAAGCGUGCUGUACAAAAUGCUGCAAAGGUAUCUAAGCAUGAUGUGGUGAAGGAAGAUGCAAAACCUGGGAGAUCUACUAGCAGGGGUCUUAAUCAACAAACCUCUGCUAUUCCUGUUGACAGAGAAGUAUUGUCUCAGGCAGCUGAUGGUGUGCUGGAUACUAAUCCCACUAGUCCGUUGGUUGGCACAAAUGGUAAUAUACAUCCGGCACCACGAAAGGUAUCUGCAUCCUCCCAAAGAUCAACAGUAUUGGCUGCACAUAGCGGUGGAACAGCUAAUCCCACCGGUGAAGGUGAAUCUGCUGACUUGAUUGAUUCUACCGUGAAACAGCAAAAAAGAUCUGUUCCCGUUGAAGAACAAGAGAGGACAGGUAAACGAAGGAAAGGAGAGAUUGAAGGCAGGGAUGGUGACUUGACGGAGCACCAUACGGACAAAGAAAAAAAAUUGGACUCACGAUCAGUAGAUAAAUCUCGUUCUGUGGAUCAUGAGAGAGGUGCUAGUGAGGAACAAAACCUAAUUCGGGCAGAGAAAUUAAAAGAAAAGUUCGAUGAUAAAUAUGACAGAGAUCAUAGAGAAAAAGCAGACCGGUCCGAGAGGCGCCGUGGAGAAGACGUGGUUGAAAGACCAACAGACAGAUCAUUGGAAAGGAGAGAGCGUUCUAUUGAAAAGAUGCAAGACAGAGUUCCUGAAAAAGGAAGAGAAGACAGGAAUAAGGAGGAGAGGAACAAAAUUAAGCAUGAACCCAUAGAUCGAGCAUAUGCUAUUAAGAAUGAACCCAUAGAUCGAGCAUAUGCUAUUAAGAAUGAACCCAUAGACCGAGCACAUACUGUUAAGCAUGAACCCAUAGACCGAGCACAUACUUCUGAUGAACGCUUCCGAGGGCAAAGCUUGCCACCACCUCCACCUCUUCCAACUAGUUUUGUACCCCAAUCAGUCGCUGCUAACCGAAGAGAUGAAGACAGUGACCGAAGGGGCAGCAGCACCAGGCAUACCCAACGGUCGUCUCCCAGGCGUGAUGAGAAAGAAAGGUGGCACUUGGAGGAGAAUGCUCCGCUCUCACAGGAUGAUGGGAAGCACCGAAGAGAGGAAGAUCUCCGGGAUAGAAAGCGUGAAGAUAGGGAUGUUUCAUCAAGCAAGGUAGACGACAGGGAUAGGGACAAAGUUAAUACUGUGAAAGAAGAUAGUGAUCCUAAUAGUGCAUCCAAACGGCGGAAGGUUAAAAGAGAACAGUCUGCUUUGGAAGCUGGGGAAUACGCGCCUUCUGCUCCACAGCCUCCGAGCGUUGGACCUGGUAACUCACAGUUUGAAAUACGAGAGAGAGAAAGAAAGGGUGCUAUUUCACAGCAUCGGCCAUCACAUGCUGAUGACCUUCCUAGGAUGCAUGCCAAGGAUUCAACAAGCAAGACAAGUCGUAGAGAGGCUGACCAAACACAUGAUAGAGAGUGGGAAGAGGAGAAGAGGCCAAGGACUGAAGCAAAAAGGAAGCAUCGGAAGUAG